ACGACAGUCGGGUCUACGUAACCAGAACGGACCUGGAUUUUAAUCUAGUCAAGUACUUUCAACGCGACAGAACUCUGCUGCUACAACAACAACAACAAAAAUGUCCAUAUUUUAUUAUUGUUUAAUUUAUGUGAUAUGUUAAUUAAGCCACUAUAAUAACAAAAUACAAUUCCCUUCGUAUUCAUUGGCUUUCCGCAAUAUGGCAUUAUUGCCAUUAACCCUUACUGGAUUAACGCCACUGAAGUGUAAUUUGACACUUUGGAUUGUUGAAGUUGGUUGCAAAAUUGACGCAUCCUUUCUUUCCGGUUGUCAAAAAGUGCAGAGACGACACAUUUAGUUAAAAAUGGCUGACGUUGAUGUUGAUGUGCCCUCCGCUGCUCCAGUCAUUGGAGACAAAAUGGACAUUAAUACCGCCUUACAAGAGGUGCUAAAGAAGUCUCUCAUCGCUGAUGGUUUGGUGCAUGGUAUUCACCAAGCUUGCAAAGCUUUGGACAAGCGUCAAGCUGUUUUGUGUAUCCUUGCUGAUUCAAUGGAUGAAGAUCUGUACAAGAAACUUGUUACCGCACUUUGCCACGAACAUCAAAUCCCACUUAUUCGUGUGGAUUCACACAAAAAAUUGGGUGAAUGGUCUGGUCUGUGCAAGAUUGACAAAGAAGGCAAACCACGUAAGGUCAGCGGUUGUGCUGUUGUGGUUAUUAAGGAUUUCGGUGAGGAGACACCUGCUUUGGAUGUUGUGAAAGAGCAUUUGCGUCAAAAUAGCUAAACGCACUGUGUGUGUCUAGUUUUAAACAACAACAAAUAGUGAUUUGUGACAGUAGAUGAACAUGAAAUACAAAAGUCUUCGUGUUUAUUUGAGCAGAAAAGUUCUUUUAUAAAUAAAAAAUAUAACAAAGUGAAAAA